AUGGCGCCAGCAGUUCAAUUCGAGCUCUCAGAGCCUCCUACCGAUGCUGUUUCUUCUCUACAAUUUUCGCCUUAUACCCCAACCAAAUUACUGGUAUCCUCUUGGGAUAAAAAGGUCUAUCUAUACAACACAGAAAGUGUUUCCGAAGGGGGAAAGCUCGUUAGAACUUAUGAGCAUCGCGCGCCGGUUUUAGAUGUUUGUUUCGGAGGUGAUGAGAAUGAAGCAUUUACAGCUGGAAUGGAUUGGCAGGUGAAACGGAUUAAUUUGGAAAGCGGAGAACAGACAGUGCUGAGUACGCAUGAGGCGCCGGUGAAGUCAGUGGUUUAUAGUAAAGAGCAUUCUUGCAUGCCUAACGAUGACGGAUAUGCCUCCUCCUCUAUCGAAGGCCGUGUCGCGGUGGAAUGGUUUGAUCCCUCACCCGAUUCUCAAGCCCGCAAAUACGCUUUCAAAUGUCAUCGUCAACCCGAUGCAGCGGGCGAUGGCACCGAUAUUGUAUAUCCGGUCAAUGCGCUAGCAUUCCACCCCACUCACGGUACAUUUGCAUCUGGAGGCGGCGAUGGAGUGGUUGCACUGUGGGACGCCGUGGCGAAAAGGAGAAUUAGGCAGUACCAAAAAUACCCAGCAAGUGUUGCUGCUCUCUCAUUCUCAAGUGAUGGGAGAUAUUUAGCCGUGGGCGUAUGUCCAGGAUUCGAGAAUGGACAAGAAGAUUACACCGGAGAAGGGUUAACUAAAGUGUAUAUAAGGGAGCUUGGCGAGAAUGAGGCGAAGGGAAAGGGUGCAAAAUAA